AUGAAAAGACUCCGAGUCUCGCUGUAUCAAGCGAUUAAGAAACGAAUUGACACGCGAAGAAAUGGAGCACAAUUGCAAGGAAACCUUAAGCACAAGCGUUCCAUCCGAGAACGCGUGCACAAUUUGGCAUUCCAACAAGUCAGGAACACAAACAAAGGCAAAUAUGACGCUGACGAAGCGUUGGUAGUCGCUUGUGUUAUUCAACAAAUAUGUGAGGGUGUCAACGGUGGUAUCGAUGGGCAAGACGGAGUCUCGUUCAUUCAGCAAUACUAUCUGAAUAAAGGACUGAAGAUAUUCAAGGAGCGAGGAAAAGACGCGGCCAUGAAAGAACUUGACCAACUGAUCAAGCGCAGUUGCUGGACACCGAUCAGUAUUGAGAAAGAAAGAAGGCCGUAG